AUGUGGACCUCGGAAGAAGUACAAAAGAAAGCCGCAUGGGCGUUGACGCUCGUUGGAUUGAUCUCGAUGUUCAAUGGAGCGAUUGCGUCGGCUUACGAGGCUGAGAAAAACUAUGAUAUAGAGCAUUUCAUCAACACUCACUGGAUCACGUGCAUUCAACUCUUCUCCGGUUUAGCCUUUCUGUUGCAGGAGAGGAAAUAUGCUGGAUCAGCUUGUAUGACGCUUUCGGUGCACUCUAUCUCGCUUGUCAUCUCAUUGUGUGCUGUUGUGGCCGAUUUUUCGAAUCUUCUUUAUUUGCUUACAAAUCGAAAGGAGCGUGAAUUCGGUAAACCGGACAAGCGUCAAGCACGAAUGAUCAGCUAUUGUGGAGUGGACACGGUGCUGUCAUUGACGGCAAUACCGCUCAAUUAUUUGAUCGUCAACAGCAUUUUAGCGCUUGACAGGACGUGUGAGAGUCGGUGUAUCCGCCUUCUCAUCCUUGGCACGAUGCAAAUCGUGCUCUCCGUUUUCAAAUUGUGCGCUUAUUUCAUGGAGAUAUGGGCGAUGCGAAAGGCAAAAGAGGGUCGUCUUCUCUUCAUCAACUACACUCUCGACGAGCCGGUGUGGAUCGUGAUUUGUGUGCUUUGUGGUGUGAUGUGCGUGCUCGCCUCGCGUGGUACUCGUCUCCUCCGCUAUGCCUCGCUCGCAAUCGCGUCGAUCUCGAUUUUACCCUCGAUUUUCUACCUCUGGCUUGACUAUCGCUGGUACACGAGCGUCAUCUUUUUGCAGAAAAACGCGACUGAUCACAUGCCGAGAAUCCCGUUGGUCUGGCUUUUCGGCUUCAGUUUUAUUCAUAUCGGCGUGCUGAUCGCGUCCGUAUUGGCAAUCUUUCAAUUGGUGACUUCUCGUAACCGCAGCACUCAGCUGUCCUUCGUCCGCAUCUUCUCUAUAUGCAGCUUUCUUUUCUUGGUGCUUGCCGGGCUGAUCUUUUUAAUUGACUUGUACGCGUUGGCAAAUCAGGUUUUCUACCGUAUUUUCCACGGCUCUGAGCAAAAAGCGCCGUUUCUCUUGUUGUUGUGCUCGAUUUUCGCAAUUCUCUCGAUCAAUCCCACUUUUUCCGCGUUUUCUUUACCAUCUUGCCUUACCGUCUGCCUUCUCACGGUGAAAAGCACGAUUUUCUUACUCAUCUCCUAUUGCUAUUUGACGUACAAAGGAUAUUUUCGUGAACAACUUGGUGAUUUAUUGUUGAAUUAUGAUGCCAAAGGCUCAGAAAUUGUGACCACAGGUGGCGUCCUUUUGCACACCGUUGAGGCAUUGAUCCAUCUCAUCGCCGCCACUUCAGCCAUUUUCCUCACCACGGUCAUUAUGAGAAUAGCCCAUUUGCGAAAGGAGACAAACGCAGUGGACAUUCAGUUGAACACAAAGAAGUACCAGGCGUUGCUAAGAUGGAUUGGUGUCGUGGAUGCAUGCGGAUCAUUUAUAAUUCUCGCGAGCACGAUUUACAGUUUUGCCGGUAGCAGCGAAACGAUGCAUCCACUGAUCAUCAUUUUUCAUUUUCUCUAUCAUAUUUCAUUGGCAAUUUCAUUGAUUAUUUUCCCAUUGUAUCAGAUUUGUGUCUCCGAGCGUAUCCACGAGAUUCCGAUCGCCCGGCACACGCUUCUCAUCCUAAGCGCUAUUCGCUUUUUCUCGAUUUUAACCCAAUUGGACUAUCGGGGGAUUGGUGACGAUUUCUAUUACACUUGGCAACUCCAUCAUUUCGUUGAAAUCGCCUCAAUGUUCGGCUGUUUCUUCUCGACAAUCUUGGUGCUGCGAAUCGAGAAUUUAAUCAAUCCGCUUGUGUUGAACGAGAAUUUCGGUGUGAUGGAGUUCGACAAUCCGCUAGCGGGCGAGCUUGAAUCAAGCAAUUUCUCUGAGGGAUACAUUCAGUUAAGACAAGAGGAAUCAAUCUCA